ACAGGGACAGACCCCGGGGGUGAUGUACAGAUACCCGGGUAUUGGAUUCGUAUAGCAUUCUAUGGUUGUCAAGAGAGGAACAUGAUGUUUACUACAGCCCAAAAUGGGGACGAUUGUAUCAAAACAAGGCAAGCAGAAGUUAGAUCACGAGGUUCCCAAAUUUAAGAUUGUUCUUGUUGGUGAACCAGCAAGUGGUAAAAGCAGCAUAUUCCUACGUUAUACAAAGAACCAAUUUGACUACAGUUAUCAGCCAAGCAUCUCUGUUACAAUUGGUAAUGUUGUUAAGAAGAUAAACAUUCCUUAUCAAGGAGUUGUGUCAGUGAUAAUAUGGGAUGUACCAGGACGAGAGGAGAUGGAUCUUCGGAAGAGUUAUUACAAAGAUGUUGAUGCAGCUAUUGUUGUGGUGGAUGUUUCUGAACCAGAUACCAUUGGUUUAGCUCCAACAUGGAAGCAGGAUGUACUGAAUCAUGCUAACUUUACUGCAAAAGAUAAAACAUCAAAUCAAACUGGACAUGCUAUUAUAGCUCCAUCAAUUCCUAUCUUGCUAUUGGGAAACAAAUCUGACAAAUUGGAGGACAAUGCUAAAGAUGAAAAUGGUUCUGACACAAUAAGUUCUGAAGUACCAACAGGACUGAGUGAGCUGGAAGAAACAGCCUUGAAACAUGGGUUCAUUGGAAGUGUUGCAGUAUCAGCGAAGGAAGGUGACGGUAGUGUACAUGCUGCAAUCCAAAUUCUUGUCAGACAUUUGUUGUUGACGCGAAUGAAGAUUAAAAAAAAAGAUGUUGUCCUCUUCAACAUUGGCAAGAAGACAAAGGAGUUAGAUGAUGAUUCAGAGCAGGCAUUCUUGCCUUUCUUAUCAACUGGUAUUAAUGAGUUGGAUGAUAUAUUUAAACUCUGUGAGGAGCCAAUGACGAUAGUUGAGCAAUGUAGUCAUAAGUAUGCAAAAGUGCUGAAUAUGUUCAAGAGAAGUUGUUGUAUGACGGACCUCACUCCUAGUACAAGAUCAACCAUUGAAGAAUGCAUUAUUGGUUUGAAAGAGGUGAUGAUGAAUGAUGAUGGGAAAUGUGCUUUGAAGUGUUUGAAUGAUGGAGGUUUUGUGAAGUUUAUUACGCUGGAGGAUGUGAUGGAGGAUAUCCCAGGUCCAGUUAGCAAAAUACUGAGACUUUUCCACACAAAGCUCGCUGUGGCUGCAAAGAAUAUUCUCGUGAAAUGUUCAAGCGCUCAUGAAGCGCUCAAAGACUACGAGAAGCAACUUGAUAAUCUCGUUGAUUCCUUUGAAGAAUUAGCGAAAUCAUCUGGUCUAUCUUUAAAACAACAAAAAAAAGCUUGGAUUGAUGUUGAAGCCAACAAGACACGAGUCACAGAGUCACGUACAUCAGCGAUGGAAUCUCUACAAGCCGUGGAAGAUGAUUGCACAAAAAUUAAAGCAGCUAUGCUCUGGUGACGAUCUUACCCUGAUGAAAAGCGAUACCUGAAAAACAAAAUUCAUUGAAACAUGUCAAGUCUGAAUGCUAAUCAGAAACGAUGUCUUGGUGUUUGGCCGAAUGAAGAAA